CAGAAUCCAUGCAGCAGAAUUCCCUGUUUCAACAAUGGCACUUGUCAAGCUGGAUACACUGAUAAAGGAUUUCGUUGUAAAUGUUCUUCAGGAUUCACUGGCGCAUACUGCAAGAAAUGUAAGUACAGAGCUGUGAAGUGGAAUUUUUAAUAUCGAAUGAUAAUCAUAUAGUAUUCAGCAUAUAAACAUUUGCUUUUUUUUCUUUCUCAUUAGCUUGCAGCCUUGACUUUGAAGAUGGAAUCGAUGGAUGGGAAAUGACAGGCACAGCUUUCAUUCACCAACCAACAUUUGGUGACAAUCCAGCAGCACGCAAAAGAGAAAGCGCCCAGCAGCAAGGGGACUGGUGGAUAGGGGGGGCUGAGAAUCGACCCAGCGAAAGCGAUCCAGCAGGAAAGCUGUACGCAAAAAGUGGCGAUCCACCCCAGGGAACCCUCAUUUCUCCUUGUUUCCGUAUCGUUGGCAAGAAUAUCUCGUUUCUCAUUGGUGGAGGAUGUACCAUAAAUGAAAUACGCGCUGAGCUUAUUGUCGACAACCAGGUGAGAUUAUUUACUUUGACCAUUAUGUUUCCUUUGAUUCUUUUGAAUCAGAGAUAAGUAGGUAGAUUUAUCAAAGUAUUAGAGAUUUUUGAUAAAUUGCGAAACCGUUUUGAGCUUCGUGAUAUCCAUGAGAUUCGUAUAGGUUUGCAAUGAGAUAUUUAUAAGGAAAAAUAUAAUUAAAAAACAAAAGCCAAACGUUUUCGACACUAAGUCAUCAUCAGGAUAAACGAUGAUGACCCUGAAAAUGAUCUAGUUUCGAAAACGUUUUUGUUUUUUACUUUUAUAUAUAUUUUUACUUUAUACAAAGCUCAUUUUAAGUUUUCGAGCGAGAGGUCCUACGAGGGAACCAACCUCGCGUCUGGCACACUUUCUUUGUCUUUUGGCUUACACAACGUUGAAACAAAUGUUUUUUUUUGUUGUUGCUACUUUGUUUGUUUGAUUGUUUUUUCUUUUCUGAAGUGCAGAGCAUUGUAAUCAGCACAUUCAAUGCUUUAAUGUCUUGAUUUCAAUAAAGAUAUAUUACGUUUUAUUUGAAUUAUUGUAUGGUACAGUUAUAAUAGAGAUGUCAGCAUUCAUCGAAACAAAGGUUAAAACUGUUUAAUAUGUUUGUUGUUACAUGCAGGUUGUCAGAAAUGAGACAGGCAACUGUUACGAGACAAUGUACCGUAAGAGCUGGGACGUAAAAGAGUUCGUCGGUCAAUACGCCCAAGUCAGAUUGGUUGAUAAGAAAUCUGAUAAGUGGGGUCACAUCAACUUUGAUGACCUUAAAGGAGAUAUCAUUUGUCCUCACUUUUAA